AUGGUCCGCCAAACCCAAGACCCCCACCAAGGAGGCACCCUCUCCGACUUCGCCCAAAACGGCACCUCAAUCCCCAACGACGCCGGCAAAAUGAACACCAUCCGCUCGGUCCCACGCCCAGACCAACGCGCCGAAAACCUAGCCUACGAGAACUCCGGCCUCGCCCAGCCCUCAACUGCCUUCGCAGCGGACAACGCCACCGACUUGCCCCGGUCGACGCGGGAUGUCGGACAGACGGGGGAAGUGCUUAGUGGGACUGGUGAUAGUAUGCCGGCGAGUAUUGAGUCGAAGCGUACGUUUAUGGGGACGAAUAUCCCGGGCGGGAGUGGGGAGCCCAGGGGGGGUGAAGCAUCAUAA